AGUCUCAUGUAGCCCAGGCUGACUUUUAAACUUGCUGCAAACAAACUCCAGAUGCAUGUGCCACUCCGGGCUUCUGGCCCUACAUGAACAUAUUGGGGAAUUGAACCCAGGACAUCAGGCUUUUAAGAAGAAAACACAACCUAUAGACCAUCUUCUGGCAGAAGAUGAUAGAUUUGGAUCAGCAACGGGAGGUGUUAAAAGCCAGGAAUCAAAAGUGAAGAAAGUCUGCAAGUCCUGGGUAAGAAAGUUUCCUGUCCCUGUCACCAUGCCAGAAAUGACAGAACAUGAGACUCCUACCAAAAAACAGCACAGAAAGAAAAACCGGGAGACACACAAUGCAGUGGAGAGGCACAGGAAGAAGAAAAUCAAUGCUGGGAUAAGCAGAAUAGGAGAGCUGAUCCCUUGCUCCCCUGCUCUGAAGCAGAGCAAGAAUAUGAUCCUGGACCAAGCCUUCAAAUACAUAACAGAACUGAAGCGGCAGAACGAUGAGCUUCUGCUGAACGGGGGGAAUAACGAACAAGCUGAAGAAAUUAAGAAGCUACGGAAACAACUGGAAGAAAUCCAAAAAGAAAAUGGUCGAUACAUUGAAUUACUGAAAGCAAAUGACAUAUGUUUAUAUGAUGACCCCACAAUCCACUGGAAAGGAAAUCUUAAAAACUCCAAGGUGUCCGUUGUUAUUCCAACUGACCAAGUCCAAAAAAACAUCAUUGUUUAUUCCAAUGGGAGUCAGCCUGGUGGAAACAGCCAGGGAACAGCUGUUCAGGGGAUAACCUUUAAUGUCGGUCACAAUUUACAGAAGCAGACUGCCAAUGUGAUGCCAGUACAGAGGACAUGCAAUCUUGUGACUCCUGUGUCUAUUUCUGGAGUUUACCCUUCUGAAAACAAGCCGUGGCAUCAGACUACAGUUUCUGCAUUGGCUGCCAACCAGCCUGUUCCCCUCUGUCUUCCUGCUGCCAUUUCUGCUCAAAAUAUCCUUGAGCUUUCUGCCUCGGAAAGUGAAUCGAGUGUGCUUGGAGCCACCGGUGGCUCUCUCAUUGCGGUUUCAGUUGGGCCCGAUCCUCACCAACAUCGUUCCUUGCACACAUGUGCUAAUGAUCACAAUGCUUCAGAAAAUAGCACUGGUCAAGAGAGUCCCAAAGUAUUAAAGGAGAUAGCCCCCUGUGUUACGAGCAGUUCCUCCGGCUCCUCAGUAGCUGCCACUAAAGCGCACCAUGGAACCAAGGCCUGCCCUAGUGUCCAGGACGAGAGAGGAGGGUCUCAAAGCACCUUUGUUGUUUCGGUUACCACUACAGUCUGCUCCCAGCCAACCAGAUCUACAGGCGACUCUUCUCCAGCAAGUACGAGCAAGCCCGCCGAGUCAGUGAGUCUAGCCACAGUGGUGGCCCCAGCUGACCUUGGAGUAGGCAAGACCAUCCCCCCAGUAAGCACGCUUUCUGCAAAUCCCUUGGACAGUGGUUGGGCUCUUUCUUGUUCCUUGCCGUCCUCAAGUGUCAGUGCUUCAGAUUUGAAAAACAUUAAUAGCCUUACCCGAAUUUCUUCAGCUGGAAACACACAGACAACGUGGACUACUUUGCAACUGGCAGGAAACACUAUUCAGCCUUUAAGCCAGACGCCCUCUUCUGCGGUGACACCAGCGUUAAGUGAGUCUGGUGCCAGCCCCGCCCCAGGCAACCACAGCAGACCUGCGGCUACAGGCAUCAACUUAAAUAAUUCCCUUCUAGCAGACGGGCAGCCAGUUGAGCAAGUAGUGGUAACUUUGCCUUCUUGUCCAUCCUUACCUAUGCAGCCACUAAUUGCCCAACCACAGGUUAAAUCUCAGCCCCCCAAAAAUAUCCUUCCACUGAAUUCAGCAAUGCAAGUGAUUCAGAUGGCUCAGCCAGUGGGGUCAGCUGUCAGUGCCACUCCCGCCAACCAAAACGUCAUCAUCCUUCAGCCACCCAGCACAACCCCCUGCCCAGCAGUGGUGAGGGCAGAGGUUCCUAACCAGACAGUGGGGCAGCAGAUUGUCAUCAUACAGACGGCGAACCAGAACCCAUUGCCCCUGCUCCCUGCCCCCGGCUCUGUUCGGCUCCCUGUGAAUGGAGCCAGCACUGUAAUUGGGUCUCAUAAUUCAGUGCAAAAUGUGUCAGCCCCACAGACUUUUGGGGGAAAGCAUCUGGUCCAUAUAUUACCAAGACCUUCGUCUUUGUCCACAUCCAAUUCAACACAGACUUUCUCAGUCACCAUGUCAAACCAACAGCAGCCUCAGACCAUUUCUUUAAAUGGACAGCUCUUUGCUCUGCAGCCUGUGAUGUCUUCAUCAGGAACUACUAAUCAAACCCCUAUGCAAAUCAUUCAACCCACCACCAGCGAAGAUCCAAAUACCAAUGUUGCCCUGAAUACAUUUGGCGCUCUGGCCAGCCUCAAUCAAAGCAUAUCGCAGAUGGCUGGGCAAAGCUGUGUACAGCUGUCUAUUAGCCAGUCUGCCAGUCCUCAAACUGCUGCAAAUGGUCAGACCACCCCAGCUAACUGUGUUUCACUAACGACAACUGUCGCACCUCCUACGACCACAGAUAAUUCAGCAACGCUCCCCAGUACUUAUAAUCCUGUGACUUCUUCCUCAACAAACACUGUUGCUUGUUUGCCCUCUAGCGUGAAGUCAAAAAGAUUAAAUAAGAAGUCGGGUGCCAAGAAACCUUUAGCAGUUAACAAGCCAGCAUGUCCCCUGAAUCCAGCCAGAGACGUGGGCAAGUUAGACUGCCCCAGCAUCAAAGGUUCCGUAGAGCCGUCAUGCAGUGACGAACUUCUGGACAGCCUCCCAGUGGGCCAGCCAGGUACUGCUGCCUUGCAGGCAAAUGGUGGAAGUGUUUCUGCUGCGCAGACCAUGGACAUUCUGAAUUCCGAAUCCGUGAUCCCUGCGUCUGAAUCCACACUGAAGUCAGCAGAGGAGUCCGGUGUACCCUCCCACGAACCUGAAACAAGUGAAUGUUUUGCAGUGGCCCCAGCAAAAUCCAAAGAUCCUACCCCCAUGUUGCAACAGGAGACAUCUCAGGAUAAACCCACUACUGUAGCAUUGUCUGAUGCUGCCAAGUCCUGCUCUUCCGCCGAUGUGUUGACUCCAUCUCCAAAUGAUCCUCAGAUUUUGGUUUCUCAGGUUUCUGGCUUGUCAUCCACCACAAGCGCUUCGAGCAUUGACUGUGUUUCUGAGGUAGAAAUCAUCACAGAACCUUGCAAGACCCAGCAGGAUUCAUCAGAUACAAUGCAAAGCUUAAAGGGGCAAGGCCUAACUACGUUGCUGUCUGACCUCAGUAAAGAAAGAGACCUUCAGAAAUCGUCUCUUUCUGUCCAGAUGAGCCAUCCUGACUUUCCUGCAGAACAUCCUAAGGUAGGGGACUCGGGCGUGCGUUUACAUCCCGAGCAGGACCUGUCACUGCUGAGCAGCGACGACAGAGAUGCGGCCCCGCCCCCCUCCUGCCUCCCUGGUCAAGAGGCGCCCAGUGGGCCUCCACUCACCAGCAGCCAGGCCGACUCUCCCAUGUCCACCAGCUCGGGCAGCAGUCGUAGCUUCUCAGUUGCGUCCAUGCUUCCUGAAACCACUCGAGAAGAUGUGACGAGCAGCGUAGCACCUGGUACGUGUGACAGCUGUACCUUUGCAGAGCAAACCGACAUCGUAGCUCUUGCAGCCAGAGCUAUUUUUGACCAGGAGAGCACUGAGAAAGGAAGGGUUGGCAACCAGGCUGAUAUAAGGGAAGUCACCGCGAAGCCUUCUGAAACAUCCUUAGAGGGAGAGCAGCCUUUCAAGUCACAGAUGGCCAAGGACAGUGACCCGGGCCAGGCAGUGCCGGCGCCUGAUGAGUUCAGCACUCGGGAUUCGGUGCCUCUGGAAAAGCCAAGCUGCUCUCUAGGAAUGAAAGCACCCAGUGCCUCCCUGCAGGGGCCAGCCUCGCAGCCUCCCAGCCUCACCAGCUUGAGUGUGAACAAUCUCGUCCACCAGAGCGCUGUCGGCCACCCUCUUGUCAGCUGUGCCGGCUUGUCUCAGAGUCCGGAGCAAGCGUCGGCUCCGGCCAGCGUCAACCUGACUGCUUCGGGCAGCUCCUACGGCAGCCAGCCCGGGCCAGCGCUGAUGACGGACUAUGCCCAGGAGCCGCUGAACGCAAUGCCGAGUACCGUGCCCAGCUCACAGAUGCAGGAGCCUCUCCUGAAGCCUGGUCACGAAAGCCGGAAAGAUUCUGCGAAGCGUACUGUCCAAGAUGACCUUUUACUGUCCUCAGCCAAGCGGCCAAAGCACUGCCAGCCUGGCCCGCGCAGACUGGAAAGCAUGCCCCUGCUGAGCAGGGCGCCAGACAGCCUUUCUGAGCAGACCCAGAUGAUGGCUGGUCAGCUCCCUCCCAACUCCUCCAACUCGGCUGUGCCUGUUAGCAACCCGGCGCAUGGAGAUGGCCUCUCACGGCUCUUCCCGCCUGGCAACAACUUCGUGGCCCCUGCGCUGAGACAAGCCGACGUGCAGUGCGGUCCUCAGCCUCCGGUUGCUGAGCAACAGCAGCAGCAGCAGCAGCAGCAGAGCCAGGCGAGUCAGCACCUGCAGGCCCUGCAGCAGCACGUUCCCGCUCAGGGGGUGUCUCACCUUCACAGCAACCACGUCUACAUGAAGCAGCAGCAGCAAGCAGGGCAGCUGAGAGAGAGGCACCACCUGUACCAGCUGCAGCAUCACGUGCCUCACGCCGAGAGCGCCGUCCACCCUCAGCCCCAUAGCGUGCACCAGCAGAGGAGUCUGCAGCAGGAGGUCCACAUGCAGAAAAAGAGGAAUCUUGUGCAGGGCACGCCUGCCUCUCAGCUUUCCUUACAACCAAAGCACCAUGGAACUGACCAGGCGCGGCCCAAGAGUGGUCAGCCCCAUCCCCACCAUCAACAGUUGCAACAACAGAUGCAGCAGCACUUCGGAGGAUCCCAGCCAGAGAAGAGCUGUGAAAACCCGUCAGCUAGCCGGAACCACCCCAGCCAGCCCCAGAACCAUCUCAACCAAGACAUUCUGCACCAGCAGCAGGGCGUCGGAAGCAGACAACAAGGCUCAGGGGCUUCUUCUGACCAUGGCUCCGGGCAUAAUCCAAUGCAGAGGCUUUUGCCAUCCAGAGGCUUAGAGCAGCAAAUGGUGUCCCAACCAAGUAUUGUGACUAGACCUUCAGACAUGACCUGUACUCCUCACAGGCCAGAAAGGAAUCGAGUGUCAAGUUACUCGGCUGAGGCGCUCAUUGGGAAGACGUCUUCUAACUCCGAGCAGAGGAUGGCCAUAUCAAUUCAGGGUUCCCGAGUUUCAGAUCAACUUGAAAUGAGAAGCUAUCUCGAUGUUCCCAGAAACAAGAGCCUUGCUCUUCAUAAUAUGCAGGGUCGUGUGGAUCAUACUGUUGCCUCAGAUAUCCGUCUUUCUGAUUGUCAGACGUUUAAGCCAAGUGGAGCCAGCCAACAGCCCCAGAAUAAUUUUGAAGUCCAAUCUUCAAGAAACAGUGAGAUCGGUAACCCUGUAUCAUCACUGAGGAGUAUGCAAUCCCAGGCUUUUCGGAUUAGCCAAAACACUGGCCCACCAUCAGUCGACCGCCAAAAGAGAUUACCUUACCCGCCAGUUCAGAGCAUCCCUACGGGAAAUACCAUCCCCCCGAGGGAGAGUGAAAAUACAUGUCACCAAAGUUUCAUGCAGAGCUUGCUUGCACCUCACCUCGGUGACCAAGUCAUUGGAAGCCAAAGGUCACUCUCAGAACAUCAGAGGAAUACACAGUGUGGUCCAUCCUCGGCAAUUGAAUAUAAUUGUCCCCCAGCUCAUGAAGGCGUCCAUAUCAGAAGAGAGGGUGAGAGUCAGAAUAGGGAGAGUUGUGACAUGUCUUUAGGUGCAAUAAACACCAGGAACAGUACCCUCAAUAUUCCUUUUUCAAGUUCCUCUUCCUCGGCUGAUAUUCAGGGCCGAAACACAAGCCCCAAUGUUUCUGUACAAAAGUCCAACCCCAUGAGGAUUACUGACAGUCAUGGGGCCAAGGGCCACAUGAACCCUCCUGUCACAACCCACAUGCAUGGGGUGGCAAGGCCAUCUUUGCCACAUCCCUCUGUGUCUCACGGGAAUGCCGACCAAGGGCCUCCUGUACGUCAGGCUAAUUCUUCAGUUCCCCAGAGAUCAAGGCAUCCCCUGCAAGACGGCAGUGGGUCUAAAAUUCGUCAGCCUGAAAGGAGUCGUUCUGGAAACCAAAGGCACAGUAAUGUCUUUGAUCCUAGUCUUCCUCAUCUUCCUCUUUCUGCUAGUGGCAGUAUGAUUCUUGGACGUCAGCAACCCACUACAGAGAAGAGAGGAAGUAUUGUUCGUUUUAUGCCUGAUAGCCCACAAGUACCAAAUGAUAAUUCAGGUCCUGACCAGCAUGCGCUGUCACAAAACUUUGGUUUUCCUUUUAUUCCCGAGGGUGGCAUGAAUCCACCAAUAAAUGCCAACACUUCCUUCAUUCCACAGGUGACUCAGCCUAGUGCCACACGAACUCCAGCCCUUAUCCCAGUAGAUCCCCAGAACACCCUGCCCUCCUUCUACCCGCCGUACUCUCCUGCCCACCCCACCCUGUCCAAUGACAUUUCUAUCCCCUAUUUUUCUAAUCAGAUGUUCUCCAAUCCUAGCACCGAGAAAGUAAACAGUGGAAGUUUAAAUAACCGAUUUGGAUCCAUUUUAUCUCCUCCCAGACCUGUGGGCUUUGCUCAACCCAGCUUUCCUCUCCUGCCUGAUAUGCCACCAAUGCACAUGGCCAAUUCUCACUUAUCCAACUUUAAUAUGACAUCUUUGUUCCCAGAAAUAGCAACAGCCCUUCCUGACGGCUCAGCAAUGUCACCUUUGCUUACCAUAGCCAACUCCUCUGCCUCGGACUCUUCCAAGCAGUCCUCAAACAGACCUGCCCACAACAUAAGCCAUAUUUUAGGUCAUGACUGCAGUUCAGCUGUUUAAAUUUCUGAACCACAUGUAAAGAUUGUGGCUGAGAUGACUGGUGUCCUUAUGUGUAUGUGUUCAUUGAGAGAGACUGUGUGCAUGUGUGUCUUUGUGGGGGAUAAUAGUUCUGCAGGUAGCUUCUGGUUGUAGGGAAGCCACUUCAGAGCUGAUGCAUAUAUAUAUACGAGGAUUAUCAGAACAAAUCAUCUUUCAUGUUUUGCUUCCUGGUGUGCUAUUUUCAAUCUUCCCAGUGGCUCACACUUUCAGGUUUGAUUUGUGAUCUUUUAUUCCCUAAAGAACACCAACUGGAAAUUAGAUGGUCUUGGCAUGUGCUGGAUGUGGGGAGAGGAUGAGGGUUUCAACUUGAUUUGUGAUGUGUUGUAAAGCAGAUGAGGUACUGCCCAAAAAUGUGCGAAUGACGAUUUGUCACUAGAUGUUGGCCAAGGUCCACGUCUGAAAUUUCUUCCCCAUGGCUGGUGUUGAAUUGGUGUUGAAUUAAAUACACAAAAUUAAAGCCAAGCAGUUAGCAAAUAAACGAAUUGUUUAGUCGACCUUCA